AGGAGAGAUAAAACCGCGCGAAACCUCCUUUAUCCGUCCGAACAAACGGAUACCGCACCUUGCUCGCUCGAGUCACCGCCGCCGUUGCCGCCGCUCUCCGGCCACCCGUUGUUUGUACUAACAUGGCCCCGUCUCCCGCUCGACUCCUCAUCUUCCUCCUACCCACACCGAACCUCACGCUUACGCCUCCCGUCAGGCGGCCGCGCAGGGCCUGGGCUGGCACCGCCCGCUGCGCCGCCCCGGAGGCCGCCGCCAGCGGCGGAUUCGUCGUUAUCGAGGAUGACCUCUCUGAGCUCCUGCAGAUUCUACCUAGAGAUUUAAGAGAUAAUCUGCAAAAUGAACCUAGAAGGGACCAGCUGUUGGAGGUUAUUCUGGAUUUGGGGAGACGACCUGAGGCACGUUUCCUUGGUAACUCUGGUGGCCAAUAUCUACGGGAUAGUGAGAUUUCACAGCUAGAGUUGGAGGAAGCUCAGAGAGCUGUAGGAGAAUUUGGAGGCGACAACCGUGCUGGAAUCGAAGGUACAUUGCAUAGGAUAUCUGCCAUAAGGAGUAGAAAAGGAUUGGUUGUUGGUUUGACUUGUCGAGUUGGCCGAGCCGUCAAUGGGCAUGUUGAUAUGGUCCGUGAUCUUUUAAACUACAAAGAGAGCAUUCUCUUUUUGGGAAGACCUGGGGUUGGCAAGACUACUGUUAUGCGUGAGAUUGCGCGUGUUUUAGCAGAUGAGUUUCAGAAAAGAGUGGUAAUUGUGGAUACAAGUAAUGAGAUUGGUGGGGAUGGGGAUAUUCCUCAUGCUGCAAUUGGUGGCGCAAGAAGAAUGCAAGUACCUGAACCAUCAAUGCAGCAUAGAGUGAUGAUUGAAGCAGUUGAAAACCAUAUGCCUGAGGUGGUCAUUGUAGACGAGAUUGGAACUGAAGCAGAGGCGCAAGCUUGUCGGUCAAUUGCAGAAAGGGGUGUAAUGCUUAUUGGUACUGCCCAUGGAGAAAGGCUUGCUAACAUUAUAAAGAAUCCAGUUUUAUCUGACUUGAUUGGAGGAGUAGAAACUGUCACUCUUGGUGACGAGGAGGCUCGUGCGCGACGUACCCAAAAAAGUAUUCUGGAGCGAAAGGCCCCUCCAACAUUUCCUUUCCUUAUUGAGAUGAGGGAGCGGCACUACUGGGUGACUCAUCGGACUGAGAGGAGCGUCGAUAUGCUACUCCAUGGCAAGAAGCCACUAGUUGAGGUCAGGAAAAGGGAUAACGAGUUUCAGGUUAUCAUUGAAAGAUGGGCAACAUAUGAUGGAGAUGGACUCUGAAUUCCAAACUUUCUAGCCAUUAUUUCUUCUGCCAAGCUUUAGCUCUUCAUAUUUGCCAUGUGUGGAUAACUGGUACAAAUUCAAUUGAGCUUGUUAUUGUAAGGAGAAUGGAGAGAUCCUGAUUCCUAAUGUUUGCCGACUUUACUUAGAAUAAUUUCAGUGUUCUUGUUACUCUGGCACUGAAACUGAUAUUGCCCAUUAAGCUUAGUACCAAGCUCCAUACGAUAUCUUUAUACUCUUCCUUAUAUCAACAUCGCUGUAAAUCAUUUUCGCUCCCAA